CUGUGUCUGCCUGUCCUCCCAGCCCAGCUCUUCCUGGGUGUCUGCGUGGGGUCCUUCAGAGAGUCGUUCAGCGCGUGCSCGACGACAGCUGCACUACAGGAACGAAUGGGCCUCGUGGAAUGGCUGGUCCGUGUGCUCGCGCUCYUGUGGGGGAGGGGCCUCUGUGCGUACACGCACCUGCAUCACCAGGAACCCAGUUGGCGGACCAUGUUCAGGAGACCCCAGACAAUACAAGAUCUGCAACACCAAGGGGUGUGCUGGGGGCUCAGAGGACUUCAGGGAGAUGCAGUGUUCUGCCUACAACGACAGACCGCUGGUGGCUGGAAACAGUUACAGAUGGACCACCUUCCAUGGAGGUCGGUGAGGCAUGGUUCUAACCCGUGUGAGCUGAGCUGUCUGGCCCAGGGUCACAACUUCUACUACAACUUUGGUCGUGUCCUGGACGGCACUGCCUGCAGUAAAGAGCCUGGAGAUGUGUGUGUCAACGGAAAAUGCUUGACACCGGGCUGUGACCUGAUCCUGGGCUCGGACCAGCAGGAGGAUGCCUGUAUGGUGUGUGGAGGACAGAACUCCACCUGUCUACACCACAGGAGUGUGUACCAGAAUGCACAGGGAGCAGCGGGUCCGUUUGGGUACAAUGAGGUGACCAUGAUCCCAGCUGGAGCUACUCACAUCCGUGUCACCGAUAACAGCAGGAACUAUCUGGCGCUCCAGAACGGGCGUUCCCAGUUUGUCAUUAAUGGGAACUGGAAGAUCAGUGUUCCUGGGGAGUACAGCGUAGCGGGACCAAGCUCCUGUACAAGCGCUCUGUGGACACCUGGGAAAGCUUUGAGGUCCCUGGACCCACUAUGGAGGAUCUGCAUGUCAUGGUCAGUCUGGUCAAAGUUAUGA